UUCUGGGGGAAUCCUCGGAGGAGUUUCUGGAGGAAUCCUCGGAGGAGUUUCUGGAGGAAUUCCCGGAAGAAUUCGUGGUGGAAUUUGUGGAGGAAUUCCCGGAGGAAUUACUGGAGAAAUUCCCGGCGGAUUCCCUGAAGGAAUCCUCGGAGGAGUUUCUGGAGGAAUCCCCGGAGGAAUUCCCGUAGAUAUUUUUGGAGGAACCAGUGAUCUACACAGCUCCCGAAUUAUUAUUCACCGAAAUCCCCUCGACGUGCAGAGCGAGAUUUUCCGUUUCUCGCUCACGUCCCGGGAGACAUUCCACAGAAGUGACACUCAUUUCUUCCGGCUUGUCCUCCGGGGACUCUUUCGGUAACUGCAAGUGUUUACAAAAUUUGUUGCUUACCACUGGUGUGUUUUGUUCGAAACAAACAAAUAAAAACAACACAACACUUUUAACAUAUAUGAAAUAGCAAUCGUUUCCUGCGCAACUAUCGGGCGCCUAAAUUUGUGCGCUCGAUGUUUCCCGAAAGCCUCGCUGCUAUUUUACUAGCCCGGUUAGUAGCCCCCGAUAAGGUAUAGCGCUAUGAUACUGCGCUAUGUAAUUUAGUUUAGUCGCGCACCGGUAAAGGUGCUCUAACAGUACAAUAACGACGCCGGCCACGUCCUUGCAGUCAGGUUGGAAGAGUGAAGGAAUGUUAAUAGCAACCUUUGUUAUGUGAAAGUUGGCGUUUACCGCACGUCUCCACCAAAGGCUGCAGGAAGGAGUGAUUGUUAGUAGGGCAGGUAUCGUUGGGUCAGGAUUCACUUCGAUAAGUAAUAUGACCUUUUGGAGUUGCAGUAUGCCGUGCAAACUGCAGUGAUGUUGUUCGCUUCACGCGGAAAGCAAACAACCAACCACCCUCGUCAGGUGAUUGCUCAAUAUACAACAAACGAAGCAACAAUAUACUACAAACGAAGCAACAAAGUGCUAUUGUUCGCAUCACGCGGAAAGCAAACAAUCGACCACCCGCGUCAGGUGAUCGUUUAAUAUUUACUAUUAAAGACGCGACAACACAUACAAACUUAAGCGCUAUUGCUCACUCCGCGCGGAAAGUAAACAAUCAGCCACCCGCGUCAGGUGGACACUCAAGAUUUACAACAAAAGACGUGUCAAAACAUGCAAUCUGAUGCGCUAUUGCUCGCUUCACGCGGAAAGCAAACAAUUGACCACCCACGUAAGGUGAUCGCUCAUUAUUUAUUCAUAAAAAUACUUGUAACCCUCAUUAAAUACUUUCUCUCCGUGUCACUUGUUAGUCACAAACGGAUGAAAGUUUCUAUUACUUUCAAACGCUCAGAGCGCCACCUCGACGUGAAGCGAGAUACUGCGUUGCACGCGUAUAACUUUUGAGUUCCACCAAGCGAUCUCAUUUAACCAUGCCCACGUAGAAGUACCGAAAUAUUGGGGGAAAAGAUAGGCACAAAAAAAAACCAGCUCAAAAACAGCCCACAUUUGAUAAGCCUGUGGGAGCGAGAAAGCCUCAAACUAAGCGCGCAGGAAAAAUGAGAAGACAUUUAUCUCCACCAGCAUCCAAUACUUUGUAUUGUUUGAUGCGAUCAAAAGAAAAGGGAUCGCGUGAUCAUCUCCGGGGUUUGUGAAUUUAAUUGGGUGGAAAUUGUCAACUGGAGCUGACCUAUCUCUGCUCUGUUGUUUAGCCCAGGACAAGUGAAGACUCUAGUAACGCUAGAAAUAGUUGUGAAACCCAAAAGAGAUUGUUAACUUUGGUGUUAAACAGAAGAAGUAAGUCAGUUGAGUCUUAAAUAAUUUUCCUUUUAAAAAUAAUUAAAAGUAUUUGUCAGGCUUAAGUGGAUCACGUGGUUUUGAUCAACCCGAGUGAGGAGAAAUUGCUCUGCUUGUGAUUAAUUCUCCAGGUAGAAAACCCCACUGCGCAACGUGGGUGUUAGUUGGGAGUCGCCAUCUUGGUCCAAACCUACGGCACAGUGCGGUGCCGCUUUGGGUUGGUGAAUUUUCCAUCCGUCUGCUGUGAGACCGGUCCAAAUUAACGCCGUGAGACGGUUAUCGUUUGUGCUUAACGAAGCUCGACCGCCCACCAACCCACCACCCAAGAAAAACUCGCCCAAGAACAUCGCCGGCAACUUCAACGCCACCACGUGGCCGGAUUGGCAAACCGACGAAGCUACGAAGUGGAACGGUUCAGUAACGGUUGCCCUCGUGACACGAACCUCGCGCCAACAUCGUUAGGCCGUCACGCCGAAGCAGAAUAACCACGGCCCUGUGAGAAAUUGCGCCGCGUUGCUGACGGUCACCGAGGACUGGAUGCGCACACGUGCUCACUGCUGGGCCAAUCGAGGAUAUUGGAAGGACGAAGUGCCUAUACCGGUAACGCCGGACCGAAAACGAUUGAUUCCGCUCCCCCCCAACACGUGCCCCCCUACGGAAAGAAUAACAGGUCAGAUUAGAAUUAAGAGAAAACUGUACCUAGAAGGAAGAAGUGACGUCACUGAUAGGCAGGGAACUACUCGAAUUUCUUGAAUACAAGCUAGCUCGACUUUGUUGCCAGAAUUUCGUCUCCGUCUAUCAGAGGUUCCCAAGUGAAAGUUGACGUUUCCAUCUGGGUGUACCGGGUUGUUUUAACUGAUUGAUUACACCGCUGCGGGUGACUAGAUCUCCUCUCAUUAUUUUAAAAAUCGGAUUAGGGACCCAAUUUUUUUGGUCUUCUGGGUGGGAAUGCUAAAUGGAUUCGGGUGUUUGAGCCUUAUCAGCCCGCCUUGAAAAGAGUCUCUAGCCGAGUACUUUAAAUUGCAACAGCAGCCUCUCUUUACGAGAGUGGCGCUUAAGCUGCUGAUUGUUGGAAGCUUAACAUUCGUUACAUUUUGGCGCCCAACGUGGGGCCUGAAAGUUAGGGUUUGAAUUUUGAAUAAUAAGUUAGUUCUAAACUUGGUUUAGAAGUGUAACCAUUGGAUUUUUUUUUUCUCUUUGUACAUACAUUUUGUUCUGCGUCUAGAUUUAAAAAAUUCUAUUAGUAGUAUUGGUUUAGGUUAAGAAUUGAAUUGGAUUGGAUUGGUUUUGAUAAGUUUUUCUUUAGGUUUUUGACAUUUCUUUUUUUUUCGGUUUCUAGGGCUCUUUACAUUAGGCUAAGGAUUAUUUACUGAAUUUAAGUGUUGCAAUUAAACGAAAGUUAAAUUUAAUUGAAUACAAUGGAAAUUUACCGGAUUUAUGCGAAAGAUUUAGAGGACGAGGAAGUAGACUAUGAACUUGCAAUUCAUGGCUGCCCCACCGGGGGUCCUUUGGACGCCAGAUAUCGAUCUUUACGGUUGGCUUUGCGCCAACCAGAAGAUGAAAAUGUUCAACUUGAAUCGUCGUUCACUUUAGAAAACGAUCUUGAUAUCGUUCCUCAAAAACUAAGAGACAUUGAAAAACGGUUGGAGACCGAUGACCUCAAGUGUUUCUCUAGACUGGUGCACUAUCACAAGCGGAUUCGGCGUUACCUGCCGGAAACCGAUGAACAAAGACGUGUUCAGGAAACCUUGCUGGACGCUAUUGUUAGGAUGGUUUUGAAAUAUUACAACAUUGACAUUAAAACAGCUGCUGAACAGAUUCCCGUAAUGCGUAUACGGAAAGCCCUUCCAAAGACCAUUGCUGUCUCUACUAACCCGGAAAGUUGUCAAGGUUGGAGAGACGAAGCAGCUGGUGGAGGUACAAGUUCGAACCAUCACGUUGAUCAGGAUUUGAUUAGUUUUGUGGAGGGUAUGAAAUCCCUUCCCGGAUCUCAAGGUACCCCAAAAGGAUCAAUCGAAAAUGGACCUAAAGGAGGAGUGAUUCCGAAGCGCAUUGAGUCAAGGAGGUUUAAUGCCUCGCACGAACUAGCUCAGCGUCCACUUCUCUCGCAAGGACUAGAAAGACAAACCUGGUCUGGACCCUUGACGGAAGUCAUAGGCAACGGACCAGCGAUUCCAUUCCCUAACGGAGGUGAAAAGCCAGCCGCCAUUAACGAGUCACCAAAACAGAAGCUACUUCCCCCUCUCAAGGUAUAUGAUCAAAGGGAAACGCCAGCGUUUCCAAGCAUGGUUCCAAAUGACCUGGCAGGUCAAACCCAUCCUAAAGUUUCAAAAAUGAAAUCAGAAGGCUGGGGUUUGCUGAAUACCUUCCCGGAAAAUAGGAAUGUAGGCGCCGCACCGGCGAAUUUGGAUGAAUAUGUUCAUGUAUCAGAAAUUGAGCGAUACGUCAAAGCGUAUGUCGGUGAAAUUCUCGCUCGCGAAAAAAGGAGCACUGCACCAAUUGGUCCUGAUGUGGCCGAACAGUUCGUCAAUCUUGGGCUACGGGACUCCGGAGUAGCUCAUACUGUAGGCCGUAUGCCAGAGGAACCUAGUCGGCCGGCGAACGUUAAUCCACAACAUACAUCGUUACCUAGAAGAAUGCAUUCCGUUAAUGUUUUAGAAGAUGAGGAUCGAGACUGGGUUCAGAAUCUGCGAGCAGUAAGUGACAAUACAAGAAAUGGACGACCCAGCGAAGCUCAAGCAAACUUAGACAGGGGAAAUGGUGGGCACCUCUUCUCGCCUACAGUUGAUUUUGGGGGAGCCUCGAACUAUUCUUAUCGUCGUCGGUUACCCCACCAAACCUGUAAUAUAAUAGAGAAAUGGCCAAAAUUCUCAGGCGAUUCUAAUCCAGUCCCGGUCAUUGACUUUCUCCGGCAGAUAGAAAUCUUGAGUCGAUCCUAUCAGGUUACGUCGGAUGAACUUCGCAUGCAUGCUCACUUACUAUUCAAAGAUGAUGCAUAUGUUUGGUUCACUGCAUAUGAGAGUCAGUUAACGACCUGGGACGCUCUUUUGUCGUACUUGAAAAUGAGGUACGAUAACCCGAAUCGGGAUAAAUUUAUUCGGGAAGAAAUGCGCAAUAGAAAGCAAAAACCCAACGAACUGUUCAGUGCAUAUUUAACCGAUUUGGAGGCUAUGGCUCAAAGGAUGACCCGUAAAAUGAAUCCACAAGAAAAGUUUGACCUGAUCAUCGAAAAUAUGAAACUUUCAUACCGACGACGGUUAGCUUUAGAGCCCGUUAACUCGAUUGAACAUCUCGCUCAAUUAUGUUAUCGUUUCGAUGCUCUGGAGGCUAAUUUAUAUGCCCCACGAGCGAAACCAGUAGGGUUGAAUGCAAUUUUACACGAGGAUGAUUCCGAUAAGGACUCGGAAGAAGCCGAGGAGGCUUGUUUAUUAGCCCUCCAGGCAAAGAAUUUGAAGAAAGGUUUUUCGAAGCCCGAAUCAAGUAGGUUGAAAAGUAUCCAAAACGAAGACACAUUGUUGUGCUGGAAUUGUCGAAAAACUGGGCACAUGUGGAGAGAGUGUAGUUGGAAGAAGGGUAUUUUCUGCCAUAUUUGCGGUUGUCCGGACACCGUUGCUUCGAAAUGUCCAGAGAACCAUCAUCUGAAAUCUCGUGACAGCUCUCAGUCGGAACCAAAAAACGAAUAAAAUCAGGAGUCCACGGGGACAGACCUCCUGAAAAGGAAACGGAAGAAGUUCCCAUUCAAACAUAUCAAUAUCUAGGCCAAACCUAUAACAUUAAUACUUGUUUCCGACGUUGUCCGCAUUUAAGUGUCAAAAUUUUGGAAAAGGAAAUUGAAGGGUUAGCGGAUACGGGAGCCGGGAUUACGAUCAUCAACUCGCGAGAUCUCGUUGAAAAAUUAGGAUUAAAAAUACAGAAGUGUAGUAUUCGGAUAAAAACUGCCGAUAAUACCGAGUAUACUUGUCUGGGGUAUGCCAAUAUCCCAUACACCUACGGUAAUCAGACCUGCAUCGUACCUACUGUUAUUGUACCCGAAGUGACAAAGCCCUUAAUAUUGGGAGUUGACUUCUUAGAUAGGUUCAAUUUUCAAUUAAUGAUACCUGAAAACCCGACAACCCUUAACUCCAUGCAGUUGCUUUCCGUUUCUGCCGAAGAAACGAAUAGUCCUUUAUUAUGGGCCGAUAACUUUUUCUCUGAAGAAGAAGAUGCAGUCUGUUUUAAGAUUGAGCCCAUAGCCCAAGAACAUUUCCCAGAACCUGUUGACUUCGAUGAAAGUCUGGAAAUACCGACAAUUGAGAUACCGGCAACAUCGCUUCAAAGUCCAAUUGACAUUGAUACUGAACACGAUCUGACCGCUCAACAAAAGCAAGAACUGUUUGAAGCCGUUCGUGAGCUACCAGCUACAAAUGAAGGUCGCUUAGGACGGACAAGAGUACUAGAGCAUUCAAUCGACCUCAUUCCAGGGUCUCAACCUCGUAGAAUGCCCAUGUACCGUUGGUCACCAACAGUAGAACGGGUAAUUGAUGAAGAAGUAGAGAGGAUGCGCAAACUAGGGGUGAUUGAAGAAUGCUCUGGACCAGUGGAAUUUUUAAAUCCACUAUUACCAAUAAAAAAAUCGAAUGGGAAAUGGGGAAUUUGUUUAGACUCUCGCCGGCUGAACUCUUGUACCAAAAGAGACGAUUUUCCCUUCCCGAAUAUGGUUGGAAUACUCCAGAGGAUUCGAAAGUCACGGUACUUUUCUGUGAUAGACCUCUCGGAAUCAUACUACCAAGUUAGUCUCACGGAAACGGCCAAGGACAAAACGGCAUUCCGAACUAAUAAGGGUUUGUUCAGGUUUGUUGUAAUGCCCUUUGGGCUUACAAAUGCACCGGCAACGAUGGCUAGGUUAAUGACCAAGGUUCUGGGACACGAUUUAGAACCAUUUGUAUACGUGUACUUAGAUGAUAUCAUCAUUACUUCGUUAUCGUUUGAACAUCAUUGUCAAUUAAUUAAAAUCGUUGCGAGUCGGUUACAAAAUGCAGGGCUUACGAUCAAUCUCCAGAAGUCCAAGUUCUGUCAAAGAAAAAUCCAAUAUCUCGGCUAUGUUCUCUCCGACGAGGGUCUAUCUAUGGAUGUUUCUAAAAUCCAACCGAUAUUAGAUUACGCACAACCAUGUUCUGUAAAGGAUGUGCGACGCCUCCUUGGAUUGGGAGCUUUUUAUCAGAAAUUCAUAAGGAAUUAUUCUGAAAUUGCGGCCCCCAUUUCAGAUUUGCUAAAGGGGAAGCGAAAAAAGUUUGUCUGGACCCCAGAAGCAAAUCAAGCCUUUGAAAGACUUAAAAAUGCUCUCAUUUCCGCUCCUGUUCUGGCUAAUGCAGAUUUUGAAUUGAUGUUUAUCAUCGAAACCGAUUCCUCCGACUCGGCCAUAGGUGCCGUUUUAACUCAGGAAUUGGCCGGUGAACGACGCCCUAUCG